AUUCUUGCCUGCCUUGAGGGGGGUAUCAGGGAAAUUGCGUGGGGGUUUGGUCGCGUGAUAACUAGGCUCCCUAUCGCGACUGGACAAGUGCAGCUUGAAACGGUGGGGACUCCGCUGUGCCUGUUUAAUAGCGAGGCAGUAUCCCUAUCCGGCACUUUCUUUGCUCCCCCACUUCUUUACCAUUCCAGCACCAGAGGACCAAGAGGCAGCACCCAAGACCGACAUAAGCGGCACUAGCAAUCGUCAUGUCAGAUUGGUGGCACCAAUGGUAUACUGUCCAAGGCACCGGCAUCAACAGUCGGGGCAACCUCUGGGAGUCGCGCGACUACGGCCGUGACGCCCCCAACCCGAACACGUACCGCUACGACAACAGGGACGGAUCGUGGUACUACAGGAACCCCGACAACAGCAGGUACUAUGACAAUGGCCGCGGGAGGGCCGUCUACACGGACCCGGCUGGAGGUCGGCAUGACGUGAACCGCGGUGGCCGACGCGACAGCGACCGCGGCAGCACCUACAGCCGUGACGACGCCUGUAGUCAUACGUCCGGCACUGGUGGCAUUUACAGCCGUGGAACGCGUGACGGCAGCAACUACGGCGGCAGCAACUACGGCGGCAGCACGUACGGCGGCAGCACGUACGGCGGCAGCACGUACGGUGGCAGCACGUACGGCGGCAGCACGUACGGUGGCAGCAACUACGGUGGCAGCAACUACGGUGGCAGCAACUACGGCGACAGCGCGUACCGCGGUAGCAACUAUAGGGACAGCAGGUACGGCGGCAGUAGAGCACCCAGCGACGCUGGUACCAGCCAUACGGCCAUCCCUUCCAGCCGUGCCAGCUCGUAUGGGGGCAGCACCUAUGGUGGCGGCAGCGUUUACGGCACAGGCGGUGCCAAUGCCGGAGGCAGCACCUUAAGCAAUGGUUAUAGUAAUGGUUAUCCUUACGAUUCGGACAGCGAUUCCAAUUCGAACAGCGAUUCCGAUUCCGUAACCACUUGUGGUCGGCUGGUCGGCGAUGGCGACUCCCACUCGACUCACUCGGAUGAUGGGGACUCGGAUGAUGGGGACUCGGAUGAUGGGGGCUCGGAUGAUGGGGACGGCGAUAACGAUGGCUACGACAACGAUGACUACGACGACGAUGGCUACGACGACGACGACGAUUACUGAAAGCCGCUCAUUUGCUCCAAUGCAGCUUCGUUGUAGCGUGGGAGCGGGGCUGGAGGCUUGGGCCCGGAUACCUGGCUCCUGAUAUCACACCCAGCAUUUCUUGUGGGCGUCGGAGACUCUCCCCGCUUGUUUACAUCGCUCCCUGUCCACUAUCUCGUACUUCGGUAGUGGGUUGGUUCGAUAGCUAAACGACCAGCGGGGUGUGCGCGGGGUGUGUAAAUGGCCUAGUCUUGUAGUAUUUGGUUGUGUAGGUACAAACACCAUAUUCUGGCACCAUACCAUGCGGAAGGUCUGGCCAUGGUGGGGUCGCUCUGUAGGCCUGGUCCCCGUGC